AUGGCUCUGGCCGCUUCUUUCAAAAGAUACCUUCCUUGGACUCAGACACCUCUCAUCAUAAACGCCCCCAUGAGCGGCGUGGCCACCAGUGACCUCGCCGUAGCAGUCACUCGUGCUGGUGGUCUAGGACAAAUUGGAUUCAUGGAUAAUAUGCGUGCUUUAUCAAGCCAACUCGAAACUGUCCGCCAUGAGCUUCAAGAUCUUAUGGCGUCUCUUUCAGACCCACAACAAUUGCCAAUCGGCGUUGGGGUUAUAGUGUACGGCUCUCCGCUCGGAGAUUGGAUGCAACUAUUUGCUACUUAUAAGCCAGCCGUGGCCUGGCUUUCAUUUGCCAGUACGGAGGAUCUGCGGGUAUGGACGGAAGCAAUCCGCUAUUCUUCACCAGCCACCAAAGUGUGGAUUCAACUGGGAUGUGUGCGAGAUGCCUUGGAUGUAGCCAAGGCGUGUCAUCCAGAUGCCAUGGUUCUGCAAGGAAGCGAUGCUGGUGGACACGGUCUGGCAAAGGGUGCCAGCAUCAUAUCUCUCAUCCCCGAAGUCGCGGAUGCACUCGAAGAACUCGAAAUCAAAGAUAUUCCUCUGAUUGCAGCUGGUGGCAUUGUAGAUGGAAGGGGGUCCGCCGCGGCGCUUGCACUUGGAGCUUCCGGUGUAGUCAUGGGCACACGUUUUCUCGCCGCUACAGAAGCGAGGAUCCCUAACGUCUAUCGUGAUGCGAUUCUUCAAGCCUCUGAUGGAGGAGAGGCUACCGCAAGAUCUCGCAUCUUUGAUGAGAUAUGGGGACCCAAUUUCUGGCCACAGAAAUAUGACGGUCGCUGUCUUCGAAACAAAUUCUACGAUCAACACAUGGCAGGAGUCCCUAUCAACAACAUUAGAAGCUGGUUAUCUUCUGUUAUGAAUAGCGAGGAGGAGAAAGGGGAGGCCAAGGAACUGAUGGGGCAGGAUAUGGGGAGUAUAUGGGCCGGAACCGGUGUUGGAUUGAUUAAGCGACUUGGAAACGCGGGAGAUUUUGUACGAGAAGUAAGGGAGGACACCGGGAAGCGUUUGACCCGGGCUACCUUGUCCCUGUAA